AUGCCUCCCCAGAUCAAACAAGAUAUCAACCGGUCAGGAUGGGAGACCACCGAUUUCCCCUCCGUGUGCGAGCAAUGUCUCCCCGAGAAUCCCUACGUCCAGAUGCUCAAGGAAGAUUAUGCGGCGGAAUGUAAAAUCUGCACCCGACCCAUGACCGUCUUUCGAUGGAAGGCAGACCGGACGUCUCGAACGAAGGCGACGAACAUAUGCCUGACAUGCGCGCGGCUGAAGAACUGCUGCCAGUGCUGCAUGCUAGAUCUCUCAUUUGGUCUGCCAAUCGUCGUUCGAGAUGCCGCUUUGAAGAUGGUUGCUCCAGGUCCACAGAGCUCGAUUAACAGAGAGUACUACGCCCAGGAGCACGAAAAAGAGCUAGAAGAAGGCAGGGGAGCCGUUGAAGAAUAUGAAAAGACAGACGAGAAGGCGCGAGAUUUGUUACGGCGGCUGGCCAACAGCGAACCCUACUAUAAGAGACAGAGGAGACUAGAGGCUAGCGGCGAGGCCGAUAGCCCCAGCACGGCAGCAGGCGGAGGACAACAGUCUUCUGAGCAGGGAAGGAUAGGAUACGGACCUGGCCCUGGCCCUGUGCGGACAAGUGACUUCCGCCGCGGUGCGGGUCGGGGCAGAGGCAGUGGCCGAGGCCGCGGAACACGACCAUAUCCCCCUAUAUCUCAGCGACCUCCUGGACCCCAGGACAUCGAACCACCCACAGAUCCUAAUAUUACCUCCCUCUUCAUUACUGGGGUGGAGGACGACCUUCCCGAACACGCCCUCCGCACAUUCUUUACUCCCUUUGGAACCAUCAGGUCCCUGGUCUGCUCGCAUAGAUCGCAUUGCGCAUUCAUAAAUUAUGCAUCGCGGGAAUCAGCUGAAGCAGCGGCAGCCAAGUGUCAAGGCAUAGCGGUAGUUCAGGGGUGCCCACUACGAGUUCAAUGGGGCAAGCCUCGUCCUUUGGAUAAUAUGGAGAGAGACGAGCGGAUACAGAAUGCACGCCAUGGAAGGCAGACAGUUGCUGCCACCAAGGGUGGAGGACAUAGAAAAGCGAUUGCUCAGGGCCCAUCUGCAGAAGGUGUAGAUGGAGAGUCAGACGUCAAGACUGGUGAUCAGAGUUACGUCGUGGCUCCGCCGCCUGGCCGUGGAGAGGUUCAGUACGCGAGUAUGGCCGGGGAUUGA